UCAAAUCAUCACAAAUCACAAAGAUUCAAAUAGUUGGUUCUCAUAUAUUGUGCUCCCCAUCUGCAAAAAAAGAAUUUUUUAGUCUCCCUCGAACUAUCCCACCAACCUGACCCCAAAACCCCCCCUUAUCUUUUCCUAUCAACACCCCCACUUUCUCUCUCUCUCAUAAUUCUACUACUAUUGUUGGCCUGGCCUUCUCUAUAUAAAUAUCACCUCCUCACCUCUCUAGCUUAGCUUCCUUCAUAAUUAGAAAACUUUGACGAUCCAAAAUUAAAUAAAUAUCAUACAAAGUCUAUGUUCUUGCCGCCCAACAACUUGUAGCUCAAACUAAGAUAUCAUAUCAUUCAGAAAAAAAGAAAUAAUUGAAAAGUGGAUUUGUUAAUGCCGUUAGUCACCUUUCUCCUGUACAUACCUAUUCUUGAUAAGAAAGAAGAAGAAGCUGAGCUCUUUAUUCAUCCAAAUCAUUAAAGUUGUUAACUUUAUAUCUAUAAAUCUAAUAUUUUGUUAGUAUAAUUCCAUGGAUGGUUGUUCAAGUAUGGCUCAAUGGAGCAACAUAUAUCAUCAUCAAGGUCUCGAGACGUCGAGAUCGAUAUCUUUAAUGUUAGAUCCAAUUCAUGAAGACGACAAUGGUGGAGGGCUAACAGGAAUUAUCCCAUGGGAUAAUGGAGGUGCACAAAGAGAUGAGCUAUGUUGUUCCUCUAUUCCUAUCAUGAGUCCUUUAUUAUCAGGACUAAUUCCUAACAACAUUGUUCAUUCUCAACCUUUUGAUGCAUCAACUAAAGUAACUUCAUCAGCUAAUUCUUUGGAUCAACAAUCACUUGAGUGUUUAUUAUCAGGUACUAAUAGUAACACUGAUACAUCAGUUGAAGAUAAUGAUGAUGGUAUUUCCAUGAUUUUUUCCGAGUGUCAAAACUUGUUGAACUUCUCUUCUAAUCCUCCUACCACCACCACCACCACCACCAACAACAACAACAAUAAUAAUAUUCCUAAAAAACGGUGUAAUAAUGUCGAAACCAUUAUUCAAAGUGAUCAUCAAGAGCACCCUCCAUUCAGUAUUACCCAAGAAAGUUGGAGGCGCAACAAAAGGAAGAGAAACGACACAAACAACAACAACAUGAAUGCUGAGAAGUUUGGAGGAGGUGGCCUGCUCACGAGCUCUUCGAAUAUAAGCUUCCAACAAAGAAGCUCAUCGGGUUCCUCGAUCGAGGAACCCGAUGCAGAAGCUAUACAACAAAUGAAGGAGAUGAUAUAUAGGGCAGCCGCGUUUAGGCCGGUGAAUUUUGGGGUGGAGAUGAUAGAUAGGCCAAAGAGGAAGAAUGUAAAGAUAUCAAAUGAUCCACAAACAGUUGCGGCGAGGCAGAGGAGAGAAAGGAUUAGUGAAAGGCUAAGAGUGUUGCAGAAGCUUGUGCCUGGUGGGAGUAAAAUGGAUACUGCUUCAAUGCUUGAUGAAGCUGCUAAUUAUCUUAAGUUUCUUAGGAACCAAGUUAAAGCCUUAGAAACUUUAGGUAAUAAGGUUGAUCAUUAUCAUUAUUCUCCUAAUACUUCUACUAAUCAUCUUUUUCAUCCUAUUAAUCUUCAAUUUACACCCAUGCCAUUUUCCAUGCAACCCACAAAUUCUACUACUCAAUUAUUUUCAUUGCAAAACCCUAACCAUAACCAUCUUCAUGUACUACCCAAAAGUUGAUCAACUUUUGUGUGUUUUUUUUUUAACUGUUUCAAACUUAAGAAGAAAACGAACAAGUGAAAUGACCAUUUUAACCCUACAUCCCCAUAAUCAUGAUUAUCAUCAUCAUUGAUAUCAUAGUCUUCAUCAUUACCCUUCUGUUACUCUCAGUGAAAGUCAUCAUGAGGAGAGAAGAUCAACAUCAAUGAGAAUUAAACAGGUGAACAUUUUUGUAAUUUUACCAACCAGUUAUAUGUAAAAGUGGGAUGUUAUUUAUUACUAUUAUUAGUCAAUUUUUAAGCUAAAGUAACCUUUUUUUUGUGAAAAGACUAAGUAAUUAUAGCACAUAUGAUUAAGAUAAAAAAAAAGGGUCAGAACUCAAAAAGGUUAUUAUCCCUUUAUGUAAUCUUUUUACAAUUAUAUGAGCAUUUUUUCCAGUGUA